CGGAGUGAGACGAGUUGAAAUAGGGCAGAGCAGGAGCGGAGCGCUGAGAGGAAACCAGCCGGAGGAGCUGAAGGAUGGCAAGUCGUUGCUGAGAGUUGGGACGCGCUACCCGUCGCUACAAACGCAGCUGCUGCUAACACACCAGCCCAUAAUUAAUCUAACCCUUUAAACCCUGCCGGGCGGGAGGAGAGGAGUGGAACUAAAAGAGCGCAGUUUGUUCUCGUCGCAGCGAGGAAAUCUGUGGCACAUUUGCUCAAAUUUCCUUCCUUUCUGCCUUCUUGCCUCGGGAUACCACAGGUAGACACUCAUGGGCAACCUGGGUGUUUGGGCCUUGGCUGUGGCCGCUCUGCUGGGAACCUCAGGGUGCUGGCUGGCUGAAGGGCACAAGAGCGGCAGGCGAGGCAGCAUUGAUACAGCCACAAUGUCACGUACCUCCUCCCAGGAACCACACUCCAUGGAGAAGGGGAAAGCAGACGGGAACAUCGAUCAAUCCCUUUCUGAUCCAGACGGAGGUCCCUGUCGUAGGACUUACUGUGGACGUGGUCGACAGUGUGUGCUGAUGGCAGAAACCGGCCGUGCGGAGUGUGUUUGCCAGGAAAAAUGCCGGCCCUCCUUUGUGCCAGUUUGUGGCUCAGACGGCAGGUUCUACGAGAACCACUGUGAGGUUUACCGCACCGCCUGCCUGGAGAGAAGACGGAUCUAUGUGGUGCACAGCAAGGACUGCUUCUUCAAAGGCAAUGCGUGCACCAUGUCAGAGUACAACCGGCUAAAGAGCAUGCUGCUGGAUAUGCAACCAAAAGUGCUGAAAUCUGGAGAGCAGAGCCAGCAGAGAAACAUGCAGGAGAAGAGAGCACUGGUGGACACCAUGUUUAAAUACCUGGAUGUGGACCAGGAUGGCCGGCUGGUCAGUGAUGAGCUGGAAAAGAUCUCUAUGAAAGAGCACCUGGAGGACAGCCUGCUGGAGUGCACCAUGCAGGACCUGCUGCGCUACGAUGACUACAACAACGACGCACACCUCAGUCUGCAUGAGUUCUACACAGCUUUCCAGGUUGUCCAGUUAAGCCUGGCAGAGGACCAGUGGAUCAGUGUCUCCACGGUAACUGUGGGCCUCAGUGCCGUCCUUACCUGUGCCAUCCAGGGUACGCUGCGCCCGCCAAUUAUCUGGAAGAGGAACGGCAUCAUACUUAACUUCUUGGACCUGGAGGAUAUAAACGACUUUGGGGACGAUGGCUCCCUGUACAUUACCAAGGUGACAACCAUCCAUAUGGGGAACUACAGUUGCCAUGCCUACGGCUAUGAAGACCUCUAUCAGACGCAUGUGCUGCAGGUGAAUGUCCCUCCAGUGAUCCUGGUCUAUCCAGAGACGCAGGCCCAGGAGCCCGGCGUAUCUGCCAGCCUCCACUGCCACGCAGACGGCAUCCCAAAUCCCAAACUCGUCUGGCUGAAGAACGGCAUGGACCUGCUGCCCAGAUCCUCCAAACAGCUCUCUCUCAUAGCAAAUGGUAGUGAGCUCUUUCUUGGCAGCGUCCGGUACGAGGACACCGGCGCCUAUACCUGCAUUGCCAAGAACGAGGUGGGAGUGGACGAGGAUAUUUCCUCUCUGUUUGUUGAAGACUCAGCCAAGAAGACCCUUGCAAACAUUCUGUGGAGAGAAGAAGGGUUGAGUGUGGGGAAUAUGUUCUAUGUGUUUUCUGAUGAGGGCAUCACUGUUCUUCAGCCAAGUGAAUGUGAGAUACGCAGACACAUGAAGCGGACAGAAAGGAUUGUUGCUACCUAUGAGGAGAUGUGCCCUAAAGGUGAGGGGGUGUCACCUCAGCACUGCGUGUGGUCCUCAGCAGUUAACAUCAGGGAUAAGUACAUCUACGUGACGCAGCCCCUCCUGAGCCGACUGCUGGUUGUUGAUAUUCAAGCACAGAAGGUGGUGCAGGCAGUAACAACAGAUCCAUUUCCAGUUAAGAUGCUCUAUGACAAGUCGCACGACCAGGUGUGGGUCCUAACAUGGGGGGAUAUGGACAGAACACGCCCAACCCUACAGGUAAUUCCUCAAGCCAGUGUGGGAGAAGUACAUCAUGCCAUCCGCACAACUUUCCAGAGGGUCAACGAUUUCUUCAUUCCUCCAACCAACCUCAUCAUCACCCACGUCAGGUUUGCCUUUGUCUUCCUCAAAAAUGAACCUGCGGUACACAAGAUAGACCUGGAGACCUUCCAGCGCGUCAAGACCAUCAGCCUGAAGAACUACAGCUGCAUACCGGUCAGCAUGGCCUACACACAUCUAAGCGGCUUCUACUUUGUUCAGUGCAAGAGCAAGAGUCGCCUGGAGGCCCCGCCCCAGCUCCUCAUCGACAGCGUGACGGAUGCAGUGAUUGGUCCAAAUCUAAACAUCACAGGGCAGCCGUUUGUGUCGCCAGACGGCCGCUACAUUGUGACGCCUGACCAGCAGAGCUCAAAGCUGAUAGUACAGACAGUGUCAUUCCAGGGAGAGCUUGGUCUGAACCAGGAACUGGACAAGCCUGUAGCUGUCUCUGAUCUGGCUUUCCAGCCUUCCUUUACGGAGUCCAACCAGCAUGUGGUAGUUGCCACCUCAGGCUCAGGCACGGACCUACUAUUUGCCGAUCUGUCCUCGGGUGGCACUGAGGUUCUCCGGAGCCUCAAGGAGCCCCUGGACCCCCAAGCCUGGCCCUGGGGAGGCCCCAAUAGAGUAGUGGUCUCCAGCGGUUUGUUUGGACAGUACCUGGUGACACCGUCAGCCGAGUCCCUCUUUGUCCUGAACGGCAAACAGAGAACGCCGCACUGCGAGGUGUCAGACAUCAAGAGAGGCAACACAGUUGUCUGGGUCGGCGAGGUAUGAGUAAAAACAAAAACAGGAAAGCCGGAGACGUAGGAUUAGGGCCAGAUAGAAAUGAAAAAAGGAAAGAUCAGGCUAAAUUACCUAAUAUAAAGAUUUAUGUGAAAAUAAGUUGUGGACUCAACCCUGGGACUGAGCAAGAGGGAUACAUGCCUGGGUUUAUUGUAACAAAAGUACACUUAAAAAUAGAGUAAUUGAGAAAACAUAAAUAAACCCUGUUGUGAUAUUUCUGUUGGGAGAAAGUGGCAAUGCCGUUCAGUGCAACAGUGAUCUAUGUGCACUUAACUAUACAGAUUUGUACAUUAUUGCACUUCCUUCCAUGUUAUCACAGCAAAUAGGUACCUGAAGAGGGGUUAUUAACGAACUAUGCACAAUGCUCACUUUUUUUAGAGUAAAAAGCUUUCCGAUUGUGUUGAUCUCAACAAUGUUUGUCGUUUUCACCAGUGCUGCAUAUAAUCACCACAAACUGUCCGUCUGUCCUUAGUGUUGUGUGAUCUGAGUCCUUUUAAAAGCUACCAACCAACCCAUCCGUUUAUUCGCCUUUGUGAUGGUAUUGUACUGUAUCCUCCCUCUGAAAGCUUUUAUUCUCCUCAUGCCGUCAGAGGUUGGCUUUAUGUAUAUGUGUAAUACCCUCUAUUUUACAUUGCCUAUCCAAAGAGCCUGAUUGGUCCAUUAGUCGUCAAUGGAUGUAUCGCUCACAGAGGAAGCCUAAACAGAAAUGAACAGUACUUGUGGUCUCUUGCAAUGGUAUAAUCUGUCCCCCGCUGUACCUGCAGCACACAUCUGUGCUGCAGAGCCCGAAAAUGCCAGUUAGUAGAUUCCCUCAGGACAGUAACUCUGGUUGAUGCUGACCCCAUAUGCUGAGGCCGUGCUAAAGUGUCAUCAACUCCUCUAUCUGACUGGCUGUGAGCAUUUAUACUUCCUCCCAGAGAGCCGUACAUCAAGAUCAAACGCCAAGGCAGGUAGACUAUACUUACCAUGUGGUAGUUAUUCAGCUUCACUUAAAGGACUGUAACACAAUAUAUUUGUAUUGGUUUAUGUCUAGUCAGCAACAGAACUCUUUUUUUCUGGAUUUGUCCUUUGUAUCUGCAUAUUAGCCACAUAUGCACAGGAAACUAAUAUGCUCUAUCUAUAAAGCUAGCAGCCUGUUAAAAUAGGGAUACUUUAUACAGAUAUUAAGCAAUAGGUGCUCUUUUAAACAUUAUUCCUUUUUUCAGGAAUACAUAUUGAUUGAUACAUUACUAAAAAUAGGUUUCUUUCUCAUUAUUCUAAAUUGUAUACCUACCUUUGAAAAGCCCAGUAGUAUAGUCUAGUCUUAAGGAAACUCUUUGUCUUUCAAUUUAACAGAUAUCGCUGACUGUUUAAUUUGCUUUUUCCAUUUACACAAAUCAUCAUAAUGAUGAUCCAUUACCAGCAAGCCGGAAAUUGCGGGAAUCAAAGUCUUUUUAACAUCUCUGCUUCUUGACAGUAGUGAAUACUUAGCUCGGACGUCACACUUGAUGGUUCGUAGAUCUUGGGCUAAAAUGGGAUUUUGUAAUCAGCACAAAUUAGCUAGAAGCAACGAAGUAUACCAAAACAAAAACAAUGUCAAUUUACUGUUAAAUUAAAUCAUCUGAAACAGUGGACUACAGAAACAUUAGCACUAAUGCUCAAUCCCUUCAUGGAAUGAGAAGGAUCUUGGGAAGCUCUCUUGUACAAAUACUCACAGCCUUUAGGAUUUGGCAGUUGUUGACCUUUUUUGCUGCGUCAAACAUGUUUCAAAGAUGUGAGAUUAUACUCAUACUUAUAUCUGAAGGCCAUCUACCGCUCAGAAAUAACUGUAGUUCCAGCUGGAGUCUUGUGAAUGAAGUAUAUUCUGUUUCCCAGAAACAAACAGCAGCCCUAAAUAAAUAUUAAUCAUCAUCUCCUAAUACGUAGUUGUGCCUGUAACUCCCUCAAUACAAUGUGUAGGGUAGAAAUCAAGCUGUGUGAGAAGAGAAAGUAAACACAGGAGUGAAGCAAAUGUGUUGUUCUUGUUUGUGAUUUAGGUAUUUGCUGCUAAUCUGCCAUGAAAAUAUGUUCUGGCAAGAAAGCCUGUUAGAAUAAAAUGCCGGCUUAAUGAUAGACCACUGUUGCACUGAGGAGAGAAAUGUACUAUCAGGAAAUUUGUCAAAUUGGUAGCCCACUUUUCUCACUUUAUCAAUCGAAAAAGCUAAUCUUAAAUAGGCUCUGAUUCUUCCUAAAGUCACUAUCCAAUCCAAAGUCACUCCCUAGUGGCUCAAACUGAGUCAUCUACAGUGUUGGACAGCUCUGAGACAUGCAUGUAAU